AUGACCGGGCCGCCGUCCUCUUCCUACCCCAGCCAGGUAUCGCCGUCAGCCGUCGAGAUUUCGCCGGAAAAUCGAAGAGAAAAGCUCGGUUUCGCCCGAAACUUCGCCGGCUUCGUUCUCCGUCGUCCGGCCGCCAUUUUUGGCGAUCAAGUUAGGGUUCGGCCGGAUUUCGGGAUGAGAUUCCGGCCACUUCCGGUCAGUUUUUGGGGUACGUCCAAGAACAAAAGUGACUCCAAAUUAGGUGUAUUACCUAGGGUAGGAGUCUUGGCUUUCGAUUUGGAAGUUUUCCGGCGAUGCGAUAUCGCUUUGGACACCCACGCGCUGCCGGCGCGUGUGGCGGCGCGUGGGCACUGUAGCUGA